AUGCCACCAGACAUGCACGUUAGAAUGGCUCGAGCUGCGUUUUUCGCGCUCUCCCUUGCGCUGCUGCUCGUGGCGGCGCGCGCCGGCAGCCCCAUCACAAGCUCGACGGCGAACGAGAAGCCCGACCAGAGCAGCAAGAAGGACGACGGGCUCAUGACCGACAUCCCCGCGGCCAUCGCGAAGCAGGCGGCGUCGGGCAACGCGGCGGGAGUGACAUACGUGGACACGGCGCAGGACACGUUCUUCAUGGCUGAUGUGAAGAAGGCCGGGUGGAACGCGCAGAAAUGCCCGCCGGGUUUGAACAAGGAGCUGGCGGGCGCAUGCACGCCCAAGAAUUGCUCCAAGGGCGGCAUUGCGGCCAAGUGGAAGACGGCGUACCUGCAGAAGAACAAGCUCGGGUACGAGCUGUACGUGCCGGGUAACCCGCUCACGCUGCUCAAGGCCAACCCCGCGUCGUGCUGCAACACGUGCGCCGCGACGCCGGCGUGCACGUACUGGCAGUACAUUCCCGAUAUCACGAUCGACGGGAAGAAGGGCAAGGGCGCGUGCUACCUGAUCCACGAUCAGAUCGACUUCACGUGCGGAGAGAUGACCGCGCAGUACAGCACGGAGACGAAGCCCGUGCCGCUUCAGGUGCGCAUCGGCGGCGAGUGCAACCCGAGCGCCAAGAUUCUCAACGACCCGCAUCUGGUGGGCGCGCACGGCACGCACUUCGACUUCAACGGCCGCCCCGACAAGGCCUUCUGCCUGCUGACGGACCGCGACCUGCACGUGAACAUGCUGCUGCGCGGGUACUACGACGAGCGCACCGACAACGCGGCGCUGGUGGUCGACGGCAAGGCCGUGCACACGUGGAUUAAGGAGCUCGGCAUUGUGUGGACCGCCAAGGGCGUCGACCACAAUGUUCGCAUCGCGGCGCGCGGCGGCAAGCAGCAGGAGCGCGGCGACGGGUUCGUGAAGAGCAUCGAGAUUGACGGCGAGGCGAUCCCGCGCAUGCAGGUGGGCGACAGCGUGACGAGCGACGGCGGGCUGACGAUCCAGUUCCGCGCGCUGGAGAAGGAGGGGCCGUUCGAUGUGGAUUACUACCUGCUGACGAUCGACGGCCUGAUUUCGCUCGACCUCCGCCUGCGCGUGGCGCACCCGAAGCUGCAGACGCCGAGCGACGCCGAGGCGCACAUCAACGUGGGGAUUGCGGAGCUGGAGCACACCGACGCGAUCCACGGCGUGCUCGGGCAGACGUACCGCGACGACCACGCGCAGCGCGCCGCGGACUUCCAGAAGCUGAUCGCGAGCCUGCACCGUCCGAUCUCCGCCGACGGCGCGGAGGGACAAGGGUUCCUGGAUGGCACGCCGCGGUCGUACGAGGCGAGCGAUGUGCUUGCUGUGGACUGCGCUUAUACCGCGUAUGGGCGCGCCAGACAGGUGAUGCCCGUGCAGGAGUUCCCGUAA